AUGCGCGCCGCCACGAUUGCUCUUACACACCGUACCAAUCCAGUGUCCACCGGUGGUGUGCAAGUCCCAACGGUGCCCGAGAUUCCGCCCUACGCAUCAAGCUGGCUGUUAGCGAGCCAGGUUCCAGUGGAUUAUCUAUUACAUAUGACUUCACGCCUGCAACACAUGGACCUGGUCACCUCGUCUCCCGCGACUUCGAGCAUACGCACUGCCAGCACUGCAUCCACCGCCAGCACAUCACGAACCAGCCUCCCAGCAACCACCACCAUUCCGUACAGUGCUGCUGCCGUCGAUGCUCGUCCAGCACGACCCGGACUAGUAUCCCGCGCCUCUGAGAUCUCUCCCACCAAGGCCUCGCGACCCCGCCGUCACCUGUCCACAAAGUCCUCGAGUGCAGUGCCCACCCUGUCCACGCUCAACGCCAGCAACAACGAGAAGCCCACCAAGACUGCCGUCCGCCCUCCCCCCAAAUUCGGCAAGAUGACCUCCACCAACGGUGGCGCUCCCUCAGCUGCAGCAGACCUGCUGCGGCAAGCUAUGGGCAACCAGAGAGCCGCGGCCCACGAUGACGACGGCCACGAUCAGAUCGGCUCCACCAGCUCGACCCCACCCGGUGCCUCAACGCCGCGUCCGGAUCUCACUGACAAACGACUACCGGGUAUCCUGCAUAGCUACUUUGGCCAGGUUCGUGAUUCCUUCAUGCCCCAAAGCAAAUCCUCGUUGUCAAAAAGUUCCAACCCCGCACCUGCUUCGUCUUCAGACGCCGCUUCAACGGAGCCGAAAGAGAAGGAAAACAUAGAAAAGCCUGCCCCUCGCCAGACCAUGCUGCCUAGCCCUGCUCCCAGUGCCUCUUCUCGAACCCCCUCAGCUUCGCAGUUGAAUGGUGAAACAGAGAAGCUAACGGAAGGCGAUUUUUCGUCACCACAGAAUCAGGCCACUCCUCCUCAGACACCCCGCACACGCUCACAGGAAGGGAAGCCGCCAACAUCGAGCCUGUCGCGCACCUCGCUUGCGUCAAACAACUCAAGAGAGUCGAAAACGUCGAACAAGUCGGACAAGGAAACAGCAGUGGUUGGAGCACCGAAAGGCAAGCUCGCCGUAGUCAUCUCAGAAGGACGAGACCUGCGUGCAAGCACAGACCCGUACUGUGUUAUUCAGUUCCAAUGGGCCGAGUACAUCUCGGAUGGACCCAAGCAUGACGACACAAAGGGCCGCCGUGGCCCUAUGCAGAUGAGGCGAACCGAGAGCGAGAUGCAGAGGCCCAUGGCUAUCCCAAUGAAGAGCCGCCAGAGCAGUAACAGCGGCCACAGCUCAGACGCUAGAGACGACACUUUCGAAGAGACAACGAACCCCACUUGGGAGCAUGAAGCCGAAUUUGAUGUCGUCGGCGAUCAUGCUGAGGUUGACAUUUCCGUCUACGAUCGAGCAAACGGCGAGGCUUUCCUCGGCCACGUUCGCUUCUGCCCCAACCUGAUCGAAUACGAUCAACCAUACGAUGGCUGGUUCGCGUUGGAACCUCGCGAGGGUGAGACCGGCAAGGUCACUGGCGAGAUCCACCUCAAGCUCGACUUCCAUAAGAUCGAGAAGAAGGCGUACGGCCCGGAGGACUUCGAAAUCCUCAAGCUCAUCGGUAAGGGCACGUUUGGCCAGGUUUUCCAGGUCCGCAAGCGUGACACCAAGCGGAUCUAUGCCAUGAAAGUUCUCUCGAAGAAGGUCAUUGUCCAGAAGAAGGAGGUGGCACACACGCUUGGCGAGCGAAAUAUUCUCGUCAGGACUGCGAUGGCGGACUCCUCCUUCAUUGUUGGCUUGAAGUUCUCUUUCCAGACACCGUCGGAUCUCUAUCUUGUCACUGACUACAUGUCUGGAGGCGAGCUGUUCUGGCAUCUUCAGAGGGAGGGCCGCUUCCAGGAAGCUCGUGCGAAAUUCUACAUCGCAGAACUCAUCCUGGCUUUGCAGCAUCUGCACGAUCACAAUAUUGUCUACCGCGACCUAAAACCCGAGAACAUCCUGCUCGACGCCAACGGUCACAUUGCACUUUGUGACUUUGGUCUUUCCAAGGCCAACCUUACCGAGAAUGCCACUACCAACACAUUCUGCGGUACAACUGAGUACCUGGCCCCCGAAGUGCUCUUGGACGAGCACGGUUACACAAAGAUGGUCGACUUCUGGUCUCUUGGUGUGCUAGUAUUCGAGAUGUGCUGCGGCUGGAGUCCUUUCUAUGCGGAAGACACCCAGCAGAUGUACAAGAACAUUGCUUUUGGAAAAGUCAGGUUCCCCAGGGAUGCUCUGAGCACCGAGGGCAGAAACUUUGUCAAGGGUCUUCUGAACAGGAACCCGAAGCACAGGCUCGGCGCCACUCGGGAUGCCCUGGAGCUCAAGGAACACCCGUUCUUUGCCGACAUUGACUGGGAUGCCCUGUCGAAGAAGAACGUCGUACCACCCUUCAAACCCAAGCUCAAGGGUGAGCUAGACGUUUCCAACUUCGACCCUGAGUUUACAAACGCCCUCAAUGGUAAUGGUUCGCUGAACGCUCGAGCUGCUGCUCUAGCAUCUGGUGUCAACCCCGCCUCGACGCCGCUGUCACCGACGAUGCAGGCCAACUUUGCUGGCUUUACAUUUACUGGCGAAAGCACCAUGGAGCAACAGUUUGGCAGCAGGACUCACAACGACCAUGACCGAAUGGAAGAAGACGAGAAGGACGACGUCAACUGGGACAAGCCAGCGGGCCGCGGAGAUAGGAUGUCUGGUGUCAUUCCCAGCAACAACGAGCAAGACAUCUUCAACCACGGUCAAAUGGACGUCUAG